AUGUGCAUACGGAGGCUUCAUGGAAUCCGACAUGUACGCUGGCUAUUCAUGACAUCGAAUGGGUAUUGUGCUAUGAUGGUCAAGAAUGGGGCGAGAAACCAUCAGGACCAGCCGUUUGAGAGAACUCCAAAGAGCUGCAAAACCACAGAAACAAUGAAAGACGCAGAAAAAGCAACAAGCAAUCAUGCAAGAAAUCAGCUCUCAGGUGAGCAGCUUCCUGAUGGAUGGAACACAGCCCCUCCCUCGGACAAACGCUUCAAGUUGACAAUGACGGCUCGUCGCAGAGAACGCUAUCGCAGGCACAUUGACCAAUAA